GUUCGAACACACUCUCUCACUCUCCCUUUCUCUCUCUCUGUCAUGGAGGAAGAAGAAGCUUCGGACAUCACAGAAAAGCAGAGGAUCCGAGCGGAGACGAACCGCUUAGCCGCCCUAGCGAAGCGCAGAGCCGCCGCCGGGUCCACGGCGGAUUCUCCUUUCCCGACGGACCCUUGGAAGCUCUUCAAAUGCCGGAAACUCUCAGCCGGCGGCGCUGGUAAAGCUCCGCCGGCGGAUGGUUUCCUGAAUCGACCUGGAUGUCUACCGGAGAGCUCGAAGCCGGAGUGUCAGUUGACAGAUAGGUUCCGGAUCAGGCUCGAGAUAUGCUCUCCCGAUUCCUUCUCUGCAGCUCCGGAGCCAGUGAAGGGUUUUGCGUUCCCUGGAGAGGAGGAGUGCUUGUGGAGAUUGGGCGAUUACUUGGCCAAUGUCAUGCCGACACACUACACACAAAGCCUAGUCGGUGGAAAGGCUGGUGUGUACAAACUGAGGGACUACGAUGCAGUCCUCAGAUGCCUCAGGACUGUCAAGACCGUCGAUUACGAGGAGAUUCCUUGGGGGACGUAUAAUGUCAUCGAGAAGCUAUCGCAUUCUUUUGUUGAGGGGCGGUGGAUCCCGUGUAGGCCCGAGCAUUUGCCCAGCGAGAUGGUCAAUGAGUUGAUCGGAACGCUUCCGAAGAAGAUUGUGGAUGCUCUCAUGCCCUUUCAGCUUGAUGGUGUAAGGUUUGGUCUACAAAGAGGCGGUCGCUGUCUUAUUGCCGAUGAAAUGGGUCUUGGGAAGACACUUCAGGCUAUUGCAAUUGCGAGCUGUUUCAUGAACGAGGGUUCUCUACUGGUAGUUUGCCCAGCUAUCUUGCGAUUUUCAUGGGCAGAAGAAUUGGAGCGUUGGUUUCCUUGUUUGCCUACAGAUAUCCAUCUAGUUUUUUGUCAUCGGGAUAACCCUUUACACCUUAAGAAAUGGCCCAAGAUUGUGGUCAUCUCUUAUACAAUGCUCCAUCGCCUGCGAAAUAGCAUGCUUGAACAUGAUUGGGGUUGUCUCAUUGUUGAUGAAUCUCAUCAUCUGCGAUGUUCCAAGAAAGCAUCUGAACCGGAAGAGAUAAGAGCGGUGCUUGAUGUGGUGAUGAAGGUCAAACGCAUAGUUCUUCUAUCAGGGACACCUUCUUUGUCAAGGCCGUUUGACAUUUUUCAUCAGAUAAAUAUACUUUGGCCUGGUUUGCUGGGGAAGAACAAGUUUGAUUUUGCAAAAACUUACUGCGACCUCCAAUUCGGCCAUGAUAGUCAAGGAAAAGUUUUUAAGGACUUCUCAAAGGGUGUUCGUUUGGAAGAAUUGAAUGUUCUACUUAGGCAGACUGUCAUGAUAAGACGCCUGAAACAGCAUGUGCUGUCAAAUUUACCACCUAAACGCCGGCAAAUAAUUAGACUCUUGUUGAAGAAGUCAGAUGUUGCCUCAGCUAAGGCUGCUCUUAGAGUAUGCAGUGCCAAUGAAUCCAUUGAUGAAACAGCUACUGAUAUGUCCUUGGAGAAAUUGGAUCAAUCUAAUGGUAAUGAUGGCCAUGACAAAUUACGAGAUCUUUCUUAUCAAGAAAUUGGUAUUGCAAAGCUAUCGGGUUUCUAUGAAUGGCUAUCCCUUCACCCUCUUGUAGCAAUGUCAGAUGACACUUUAGACUCGGAUAUGAACCUGAAUUCUCACAAGAUGAUAAUUUUUGCCCACCACCAUAAAGUUCUUGACAGAAUACAGGAGUUCAUAUGUGAGAAAGGGAUUCCUUUUGUCCGUAUUGAUGGAAAUACUCUCCCCAAAGAUAGGCAGUCUGCAGUUCUCUCCUUCCAAUCAUCGUCAGAGGUUAAGAUAGCAGUAAUUGGAAUAACUGCUGGAGGUGUUGGUCUUAACCUUUCAUCAGCAAAAACAGUUGUGUUCUUGGAGCUUCCUCCUUCUUCAUCUUGGAUGCUUCAGGCUGAAGAUAGAGCUCACAGGCAAGGACAAACUAAUGCAGUCAACAUAUACUAUUUUUGUGCAAAGGAUACUACGGAUGAUUUACAUUGGCAACAUUUAAAUAGGAGUCUGUACCGGGUUUCAUCUACUACCAAUGGAAAACGUGACGCAAUCCGAGAGAUAGUGGUCGAAGAUGUUUCCUUUUUAGAAAGUUCUGACAAAAUUGAUGGAAAUUACAUUCAAAUGUUGGAGAAAAUAGCAAUUCUUGAACCAUCAGUUGAGCCAACAAAGUGUAGUGACACCAACUUAGGGGAUAGUAUUCAGCAUUCUGAACUUCAUAAAAGAUCAACUCCACAAGGAAAUGAUUGCAAUGAAGCAAGCUGCCAUACAGAGCAAACAGAAAAUUGUGAAAUAAAGAGCAAUAAAGCGUUAACAACCGACGUCAGUGAUGGUGAUCCUUGUGAUCCAGUGAAAGCUAAUGAAGAUUAUUUCAACUUAGUCAACUCACUGCGGUUUGAGGUGAGUCAAUAUACGGGAAGGAUCCAUUUGUACUCUUGCAUACAGGGAACUGAUUCUAGACCAAGGCCCCUCUUUCAGAGUUUCCGACCCGAGGAACUCAAUUUGCAAGAGUCUCCCCUUCCAACUGACCAUGAAGACUCGGAAGACUUGAUUACAAGGAAAAAUGCAGCUUUCAGGCAGGUCCUUGUCUCGUUCCUCAGCCAGUGGCAUAAUCUAAGACCCAUUCACCGUAAGAAGUUGUUGGGUAAACCCCUGCAACUUCCUCUAGCUAUUGAGCUCUGCUACUUGAAUGAAGGAGCCAACCACGAUACAGAGGGAGUUCUAAAAGGCAAAAGCAAGAGAAGAACUACACCUUUAUUUGAAAUUAGCCACCCAUUGCCAGAAAAUGCUGAAUGGAAGAAGAUUCACCUAUUGAGCUCUAAUGACAAGAAAGCAAAAGAAUACAUGCAGGGUUGGACCCUGACAGAUGACCCGCUUUGUAAACUGUGUCAACAACCUUGCAGGGGAAGAAAUGCUAGGGCACCUGAAUUUUUCGAGGAUCUUUUUUGCAACCUUGCUUGCUAUGAAGAAUACCGGUUAAGAACUAAUAGGAGAUUCAUCCGUCAGGAACUCUUUCAAAUAGAACAUGGGGUUUGCACCAAUUGCCAGCUGGACUGCCAUAAACUUGUGAAGUGCUUGAAACCUUUAUCAAUGGAGAGACGGCGCGAAUAUAUUAAGAUGGAAGCACCACAGCUGGCGCAUAGGAAGAAAUUGCUCGAGAAGCUGGUCAAUAACCCCAAUGAGGGCAACGCAUGGCAUGCAGAUCAUAUUCUUCCUGUUUAUCGAGGUGGAGGUGAAUGCUUGCUAGAGAACAUGAGGACGCUCUGCGUUGCCUGCCAUUACGAUGUUACAGCAGCUCAAUGUGCUGAAAGGCGCACAGAGAGGGUUAAAGCUCAGAGGCAACUCAAAGCGAUCUUGAAAGGUCUCAAAAAUGAUAAACAUACAGGAGUGCCCAAAGCCAAACCUGAGGAUCCCAUGGAUGCAGAAGCUGCACCUAAGGCAGUGGAUGAUGAGCUAAUGGUCCAGGUUCCGGGAAGUGCUUACUCCAUGGCAAAUAAGCCAGCCCUGAGAAGUGAGGAUGCCCCGUAACCAUUUGGUAUCUCACCUUGAAGUCAGAGUGGCUCUUGGCCUGCUCGUCACGGUAUUCGGUAGUAACAGCAGCGGAAAAUCUGGGGCCAGUUAUUGUUAGCAGAAUUGCCUUUUUAUGCCGACGUUUAAUGCUGCUGGAUGUGCCAAACAAGAGAGAGAGAGUAAUAUGUUUGCACCGCAACCUAUCCAAAUUUACAUCUUGUGCCUCUCUCAUUCGGCACAAAAUUCGGCACAUUUGGUUGGCAGAAACUGCAAGGCUCUUUUGUUAAAUCAUGCUUGAUUAAAGAUGCUUAUUACUCUUGUAAUUGGCCUCUGCUUCUCUCC